CACUGAGGUUUGGUGGAUACCGGGGGGGAUGGUUAUAGCCAACGAGGCGAGUAGGGGAGAGCAGCUUCCUGUCCAACGCGCGUUCUCCGCGCGCUCUAGGAGCAGAAGCGAUGAUGCGGUUUUCAUUGCAGGUCAUGCGCAUGUGCUAUGUCUAGAGCGAGUGGUGAAGUGUCAGUCAACUGAAACCCAAAUUCGACAUCGUGUGGAGGCGGAGAGUGAGUUGUCCCGAGGAUGGUUAAAUACUAACUCGCUUUUCUGAUCUAACCUUACUUGCUAGCGAGCUAUGCUUGCCGCGGUUUAUUAUGAGCGGUGGUCGCUUUGACUUUGAAGAUGGUGGAACUUAUUGCGGAGAAUGGAAAAACAGCAAAGCGCACGGAUAUGGCAUCUGCACGGGACCGAAAGGACAAGCUCGCUAUGAAGGCUCUUGGCACAACGGAUUCGAACUCAGCGGAGUUUAUGUUUGGCCAAAUGGUCACCGUUUUGAGGGCGAAUGGCUCAAUGGCCGUAGACAUGGACUCGGUGUUGAAUACCGAGGAAAAUGGACGUACCAAGGUGAAUGGGAAGAGGGAUUCAAAGCUCGGUACGGAAUACAGAAAUCAGAAAGUGGAGCUCGUUACGAAGGAAGCUGGACUUCUGGUCUGCAGGAAGGUUAUGGAAUCGAAAUUUACGCUGACGGAGGAUACUACUAUGGACAAUGGAAAACAGGAAUGCGCUCCGGGUAUGCUAUACGGAGUGGCGAAGUUAAACGAGAAAGUAGUACCACAAGGCAUUACAAGCGUUGCAUCUCUAGACAAACAACUGUGGAUAACUUUAAAUCUAAUGGUGUGCUCCCUAAUAGUAGUCAGAACAAUAGAGCUAUUCCAUCGCACAAGAAGACCCCCUCACAGACUUCUGAUAUCCAGUCACCAACUCCAAGAUCACCCAGUGAUCCAGAGAAUGCUAGUCAAACAGGAUCAAUGAACAGUACUGUAGGCAGCGGGUCGGCACAGUCUUACACCGUGGAAACUGUUGAUUCAAAUGGGCAAAUUGAAAGGGCAACUAAUCGCUUGAUAGAGACGUAUAAAGGAGAGUGGAAGAAUGACAAACGCCAUGGAUUAGGUAUCAUAGAAGACACUGAUGGGUUUAGCUAUACCGGCGAAUGGAGUGAAAAUAUGCGUCAUGGUUUGGGUGUAGCUUUCUUUCCAGAUGGAACAAAACUUGAAGGAGAGUGGAAAAAUGAUGAGUUGGUUACAGAUGUGAAAAAGAAGGGUCCAUUAGUUUCUCUUGUUACUAGAUUCAAACAACGACUCAGAGUUAUCUGUGAGGGAGCCCAAGAUGCAGCAGAGAAAGCAGAGCAGAAGUCUCAGAUUGCAUUGUCCAGAGCUGCGGCAUCACGGGACAAAGCUGCAGAUGCCAUCAGUGCUGCUGAGAAUGCUGUUUCAGCAGCAGCUGUAGCUCAAAAACGAGUCCGGGCAAUCAUGUCUAAAAUGAAAGACAAAACAUAGAGGAGAAGAUGCUGUUUUGCUGUGACAGAAUAUUUUUUGAGGCCGUUUCCCGGGGGAUGUUUAGCACCUCACUUAGCGCCCCAUUAACAUGUAUUGCCACAAGGGAAUAUCAACCAUAUACCCAAGCACAGUGUGGACUCAUGUGGAAAACUCAAUUCAUGCAUGGCUAGUACACUAGCUUGCUUUGGUGGCUAAAACAAUGACAACAGAUGUCAAGCUACACCAUGUUACUUUGGACGUGCACUACCCACAAGGCUCUCUUGUGCAAAUGAUUAUAUACAGCUUUAGUAGGUCAUAAUUCUGUCUGAUAAUGUUGAAAAUUACAUGUGUCUGAUACAUGUAUGCACUUUACUUUUUUCUGAAAGCUUAGGAACUAUAUAGUAAUAGUGUUCAUGGUUUAAUUGCUAAGAUUUUGGCAUUACUGGUAGUGAAUUUGUAGAAAAUUGUGGCACAGCUAGCAACAAUCUUGAGAAAGCUACAGUUUGUAAAGAGUCAGGUGUUAGGUGUAAUUAGCAGUGCCCUAAUGAGGCAUACAUGCACAUGUACACUGUGCAUUUUUCAUUACGGCAGUCAUUGCGAAGGACUUGUUUUCCUUGACGUCUGCCCUCGCAGACUACAUUAGUGACAGACAAAGAGAUCUUAGAAAGAGAGGUUGCUAAUAGCAGUAGCGUUUUGGAAGUAAUUUUCUAAAAGAGCUUUUUUGUUGCGAUAUUGUGUUAGACAAGUUUAGUGAAGACCAACUGUAUUUACAAUUAACCUGCUUAAAUAUAAGAAUGCUAAAUUUUGAAAUGAAUUUGCUUGAAUUUAGGUCCACUAUCUACAGAAAAGCUGCAAAAACAGAAAAAAUUCAUCUAAAAGCUCACAUUUGGUACACAAAGUACAUUGACUUCAUUGUUCCUGGUGUUUAGGUUAGCAGUAUUUUUAUACUUAAACAGAAUUUUGAAAUUAUGUCACAUCUUAUGGCAUCAUAAGAAUGUCUGAUGUGAAGGUAAUUCCAGAGUGCCAUAGAAUGUCGUCUGUUAAUGGUAGUCAACUAGAAUAUGUUAAGCGUUUGAUGAUUUGCACACAAAUGUUGUUAGGUUUUAUAGUUGGCAUUAUAAGUGGAUAUAUUUGCUCUUUGGUAUCACAGAAUGCAAAAGUGUCAGAUGUUUGGCUUAUUUUUAACAUUUAAUUGGCCAAAAAAAAUGUAGACUUUAAUUUAUUUGUGCAUGUGUGUUGUAUACAAAAUACACAUGUAAUAUCAAAUGGUUUAUCCAAACAAAAUUUGUUAAUUUUUGUACCAGAUAGUUCUUUUCAUGUAUUUGAAUGCAGUUACCUAUUCAAUUUGGCGAAAAAAUAUUUGAAGCCAUUAUACAAGCAAGGCACAAGGUAUUGUGAAUGCUUUGGCACAGAGAACUUGGCAUUGCAGUGUUGUUAAGUAAGCAUUUUUUAAAUGUUGAAAAGCAGAAAAAUUUAAUAGGUUUCUCUUUUUUCUUCUUCAGCAUUCUCUGUGCCCUAAGAAUUGUUUCGAAGAGUGUUUAUUUUUGUGCCAGUGUACCAGCAAACUUGUAGCAGUGCUGAAAGAUGGAAAGUAGAACACAGUACUUGUAUUUUGUAGACUCAGAGCAGAAACAGGAACUCCAUAUUUGUUAAGAAGCAAUGCUAUGGUUUGUUCUUUGUAAUUCUGUAUCCUUAGAACUGCAUUCUCCAAGUUCAUUGCAAAGAACAUUGGAAACACUGCAUAUCAUUGGGAACAGGUUUUUAGCCAGAUGGGUGUCCAGGGAUCCUGUGGACGGCCACUUGUUAAAGAAAACUGUUUCAUUUUUCAUAUGUUGCCUUAUAAACUGUUCGUUUGAGCAGGCCUUUUAGCACAUUUUGGACGUGCACUUUUCAAAUCCUGACUAAAAGCCUGAUUGGGAAAAUGCCCUGAACUCUCAAGGUACUGUUGUGACCUCAUACUACUGCUAAAACAGUUGUCACCCUUUAUUUUCAGUGUUGUGCAGUGAUCUGGUAUUUACCAACAGCUAUUAAAACAAUGCCAGGUUGAAAAGGUUUCUACACAGUAAAAAUUAAUGAUUGUCUAGGAUUGAUAGUAUUAGUGCUUUUCACUCUUUUGAAAAUGACCAAAAAUUAAGACUGCUUGAAAGCAAAACAUUGAAUAUUUGACUGUCGAGUGAAUGUAUAAGUGUUUUUUUAAACAACAGGUUAGCUGAAGUUUACAAACAUUUUUCUUAUUCCUUUUUCGGGUAAUCUAAAUGCUUGCACCUUUGGAGUAUCGGUGACGUUUUAGCCCUAGUUAUUUUAGAAAUGAUUAGCAUGAGAGAAAAACGAAAUGCAUGAAUUAUGAUGGCUUUAUUUUUGUAUCAAUUAGUUGUAAAUGGCAAAAUGAUGGGAAUAAAGUAUUUUUAUAGAGAGAAACAA